GCCCUCUUCUCUUCUGUUAGUAUAAAAACAAACAAGUAGAAGAACAAGAGUCGGAACCCCAAAAAAAUCGAAGAGUUCAGCUUAUGUGAACAACCAACCGAGAGUGAGAACCUAGAAACAGAAGAACAUCAAUGGGAGAUGGGGACGAGAAGAAGACGGAGAAAACGAUGGACACAGUAGCCGUAUCCAACGAAUGGCUGGAGGGGCUGACCAGAGCUCCACAUGGUCAACUGGAAGGGCUGACCAUGGACGGACUCAAGAUUGUGGAGUCCAGCAAAGGAUUCAUCCGUUGUCACUUCACCGUCCCCGAUCGCAUCACCGACGGAGAUGGGAAUUGGCACGUCGGAGCGAUGGCGACGAUGAUCGACGAUGUGGGUGCGGCUGCGAUUUUCUCAUUGGUCGGCCAUGUCAAAGCUUCCCUCGAUUUCACCAUCUCUUUCCUCUCUACUGCUAAAUCUGAGGUAAACGGAAAAACUGCGAAACAGUGAAAGAGGGUGAAUUACUUCCCAGGUCCUCGUGGUUUUAGUUAAUCAACAAUUUAGUCCUUUACCCCAUACGAUUCAGUGAGUAGUGUGAAAUGUGUGAUCAGGAAAAAAUGGAGUUAGAAGCAAAGGUUGUGGGGGAGAAGGAAAGGUUGGCUUCAGUGGUGAUAGAGGUUCGUCGGAGGAGCAAUGGAGAGCUCAUUGCCUUGGGGAAGCAAUGGAUGGCUGCCCAUAAUAAACUUUGAUCAUCGUUAGAACUGUAUCACACGUUCAAUCUUGACACUCAUAUUCGCCCCAUGGUAGGUAGGGUGAAGGUUGAUCGACCUAUAUCGGUAUGUAAUUUAAAAAAAAUAUAUAUAUAUAUAUUUAGAAUAUUAAUUUUUGUCAUUGUAUAUGCAGUUAAAUUAUUCAAGUAGAAC